GCCGCUCCGGGCCGCAGCGCGAGGGCAGCGAGGGCGGCGGGGACCCGGCACCGGGCGCGGCCGGUGGCAGCGACCAUGAUCGCUUUGUUCAACAAGCUGCUGGACUGGUUCAAGGCCCUGUUCUGGAAGGAGGAAAUGGAGCUCACGCUGGUGGGGCUGCAGUACUCCGGCAAGACCACCUUCGUCAACGUGAUCGCGUCAGGACAGUUCAAUGAGGACAUGAUCCCCACUGUGGGUUUCAACAUGCGCAAAAUCACCAAAGGGAAUGUGACCAUCAAGCUCUGGGACAUUGGGGGACAGCCCCGUUUCCGCAGCAUGUGGGAGCGUUACUGCAGAGGAGUGAGCGCCAUCGUGUAUAUGGUGGAUGCUGCGGACCAGGAGAAGAUCGAGGCCUCCAAGAAUGAGCUCCACAACCUGCUAGACAAGCCACAGCUGCAAGGCAUCCCGGUCCUAGUCCUUGGUAACAAGCGAGACCUCGCAGGAGCACUAGAUGAGAAGGAGCUGAUUGAGAAAAUGAAUCUGUCUGCUAUCCAGGACCGAGAGAUCUGCUGCUAUUCCAUCUCCUGCAAAGAGAAGGACAACAUAGACAUCACCCUACAGUGGCUUAUUCAACACUCAAAGUCACGGAGAAGCUGAGACUGUGGCUCCUUCUUCCAACCAGGGACCACAGUCACCCUAACCUGAAGCCGAGCUCCCCGCCCACCCUGUUGUGUCCCCCUAAGCCCAUCCCUCCUUACCCAGUGUGGGGAGGGCCCUCUGGGGCUCCUAGAGUCCCAUUCUGCUGAGGUUUCGACUCCUGUUUUUAUUGUAAAAUAAUUGCCCCCCCCAACCUGGUCCCCUAACCUCUCUCCCUUGCUCUCUUUGUCCCUUCAGCUAGUCUCAUCCACUUCCCUCCCCUCCCAACAGCCCUGGCCCCGCAAUCCCUGUCCUCAACUUUCUGUCCCACCCUCUAUGUCCCUUUUCAACACUCUGUUACUGUCCUGUGUGUACAGUAUAUAUAUGUAUAUAUAUUUUAAUUUUUUAAUUUAAGCAAAGACUAAGAUCAACCAUUUGAUGCUGCAGGGGCCAAUUAGGACCUGGGAGAGGCAAACUGGAAAGACAGGAAGAGAUGCAGGGUCAGGGUCGACUUGGGGCAAAUUCAGAUGCAAAAAAAGCGGAGGCUGGCACUUGGGACAGGCAACGGCCUGGCCACUAGUGGUUGUUCCCGCAUCCUGAAAAGCAUUUCUGUCUCCCAGUAGAGGGCCUGAAUAUUCAGGCCAGCAGGAGCCUCCUUUUCUGUCCCCAGCCUUGGUAGGACCACCAGGCCUAAGCAGGAGGAAGCCAGCGUCCAUGCCAUCCCAGCGAGCCCCACCCUCACUGUCCCUGGCCCCAGCUCCUGCCUCUGCCCAGGGCCCCCACCUCCAGGCCCACCUCAUUUUCUGUUCUCAUUUCACAGAGUUGUACAAGGAGAGAACUCAGCAUGGGGGAGGGUUUGGUUCUUUUGUUUUGUUUGUUUAUUUGUUUAAUUUAAUAAUUUGUAAAGUGAUGUUCCUCUUCCUUUUUACACUUUUCAGCUCAUAUUUAACCUCUGUUUGGAAAAUGAUUCUUGUAACUGUACAUUUUUUUUCCUCCUAAUAAUGACACCAAUAAAUUACCAAUUUUGUGUUGUGUGUGUGUG